CGUGUAAAUCAUUUUUCCGAAGAAAUGCAUUGAAAAAUACCGAUUCAUUCAAUUGCUAUUUGGGAGGUAUUUGUUCAAUAAAUGUCGAGAAUAGAAAGUGGUGUAAAAAGUGUCGUUUGGAUAAAUGUUUAGCUGCCGGAAUGAAAACGAAACUAAUAUUUACUGACAAACAAAGAGAAGUCCGGAAACGGAUUGUCGAGCAAAACCGAGAGAACAAACGAAAGCUUAUGGACCAGAGUAGAGACGACUCGGUGCUCAACUCGACUACCAGUCCACCACCAGAUAAUCACUACAAGUGUUAUUUGGGUAAUAAUUGCAAACUAGAUGUUAAGGGCAGAAAUAGUUGCAAGAAAUGUCGUUUAGAUAAGUGUUUCGCAGUCGGUAUGAAAACUGACUCAUUUCAAACCGAUGAACAAAACCGAUUGAGAAAAUCUAUUAUUGAAAACAAUAGGAAACGUAAACUUAGUAACACAUCAUCCAUAACAACAAACAGUAGUGGGGACGGGGUUUACUCGGACACCAGUUCCCCUUUAAGAUCCCCUCCACUAUCCCCUCUACAACUCGAUUGUGUGGACACAAUCUGUAUUGACGACAGUUUUACAGAUAUUUCCACAGAUAAUCACUUUGAAGAUAUCAUUACCUGUAAUCCAAUUGUGAAUAAUUUAGAGUUGCAGUCAAUUGUGCCGAUCAUGAGACCCAUCACCGACUAUAACAAUCAAUUCAAUGAAUUAGAGGGCAAUCGGUUGAGUGAAUUACUUGAGGCCACAAAACUUAUUAGUCUACCGACGCUCAGCGCCACCGCUAACGCUAACUACAUAUUUAUCAACGACCCAUUAGAAGCCAUGAAUGUGAUGAUAGCCAAAAAUGACCCUCACAUUAGAUGUAUAAUCAAUAUG